GUGCGGUAUGCGACCUGCGGCCUGGAACAAGACCUGACAGAGAGAACUCACCUGACAGGACCCCCCCCACCCCACCCAGUCCAGCCUGCAUGAAAAGCGCCUGCCAUGGUUCCAGGGCACAGUCAGAAGAGUGCCAUCAUGGAGGGGAAGCUGCUGGUUCGGGUCGUCGUGGUCCUGGUUCUCUCAGCUGCAGGAAGUAACACACAGAACACGUCAGAAGUUGUUUGUGGCCUUGCACCGCUCAACACUAUCACCAGGAUCGUAGGAGGCGUAGAUGCCACCGCAGGGGCGUGGCCCUGGCAGGUCAGUCUACACAGCAGCAACAGACACUUCUGCGGAGGCUCCCUGCUCAACAGCCAGUGGGUCCUGACUGCUGCUCACUGCUUCCCCAACGGCAUCCCGUCAGGUUUAAUCGUUUAUCUCGGACGUGCCAACCAACAAUCCACAAAUCCUAACGAGGUGUCCCGGACGGUGUCCAAGCUCAUUGUAAACCCAAACUAUAACUCUGUCACAAACAACAACGACAUCGCCUUGUUGCUUCUGUCCUCUUCCGUCAACUUCACCAACUUCAUCCGUCCGGUGUGCCUGGCGCCGGCCGACGGCACGUACCCGCCCGGGACCACCUGCUGGGUCACCGGAUGGGGAACCAUCUCCAGUAGUGGCGCUUCUCUUCCGUUCCCUCAGAGGCUGCAGGAGGUCAGCGUUCCCGUUGUGUCCAACAUGCAGUGUAACAACUCUUACGGAAUAAUCACAAGCAACAUGAUGUGUGCCGGUCUGACCGCGGGCGGGAAGGACUCCUGCCAGGGGGACUCUGGCGGCCCGUUGGUGACUAAGAACGGAUCUCAAUGGAUCCAGAUCGGAGUGGUGAGCUUUGGAAAAGGCUGUGCUCUGCCCAACUUCCCAGGAGUCUACGCCCGAGUGUCCGAGUACAACUCCUGGAUCAACGACCAGAUCAGCGGGACAACAUCUGGAGGCGCUCAUCUGGUUUCCCUCUCAGCUCCUCUGCUGCUGUCCUUCAUCCCCAUCCUCUUCUCCCUCGUUGUGCUCUCAUAGGAGCGUCUGACGGUCGGAUCGCUGCCUCACGAGCCUCUGAGAUUAAUUUGUCUUCAUAAACAAGAAAAGACAAUAAUGACACUUGAUAGAAAAACUUGAUUGACUGGUGAUGAUUUUCUCAUGGUUUGGUCUUAAUAAUGACAGAAAGUAGAGAAAAAGUAAGAAAAUCUUUGGGAUUGUCGCAUCUUUUCCUUUCUCUGUAUUACGGGGAGGUGCCUUAUGUUUUCGGUCAGGGCUGCAACAGACCAUUAUUUUCAUAACAAAUCAACCUGCAGAUUAAUUUCUCCAUUAAUUGAAACAUCAUUUUGUACAUUAAAUGAUUUGGAAAAAAUUGGACAAAUAUAUAACGUCCCGUCGUCCAAAGGGAUGUAUUCAAAUUGUUUACUGAAAACUCAAAAGAUAAUUACUUUAUGGUCACGUAAAUCUCAGAAAUUGUCCCAUUGGAGAAGCUGAACCAGAGAAUAUUUGGAUGUUUUGCUGCUAAAAUGAUUUAU